CCGGCCGUACGAGCAUUCGUCCCUUGGCUCUCGCGGUGUGCAGAGUGACUUCAAGAGACAUACGUACACACGAGAUCAUCUUCCAGCGGCAGCUACACAUUUGUACCAUAUAAUACACACGAAGAGUAUCCUUCCACAGUAGCAAUAUGAGGGAAAUCGUACACAUCCAGGCUGGUCAGUGCGGAAACCAAAUUGGCGCUAAGUUUUGGGAAAUCAUUAGUGACGAGCAUGGAAUCGACCCUACUGGUGCGUACCAUGGCGACAGCGACCUCCAGCUGGAGAGGAUCAACGUCUACUACAACGAGGCAUCUGGUGGCAAAUACGUGCCCCGCGCCAUCCUCGUGGAUCUGGAGCCCGGCACCAUGGACUCUGUCAGAUCAGGCCCGUUCGGCCAGAUCUUCCGCCCAGACAACUUCGUGUUUGGACAGUCUGGCGCCGGCAACAACUGGGCCAAGGGCCACUACACCGAGGGAGCCGAGCUGGUCGACUCGGUCCUCGACGUUGUGCGCAAGGAGGCGGAAAACUGCGACUGCCUGCAGGGCUUCCAGCUCACUCACUCGCUUGGUGGUGGUACCGGCUCCGGUAUGGGGACCCUCUUGAUUUCCAAGAUCCGCGAAGAGUACCCCGACAGGAUCAUGAACACCUACUCUGUCGUGCCGUCGCCAAAGGUCUCCGACACCGUCGUCGAGCCCUACAACGCCACCCUCUCGGUACACCAGUUGGUCGAAAACACAGACGAGACCUACUGCAUCGACAACGAGGCACUUUACGACAUUUGCUUCAGAACACUCAAACUCUCCACACCCACGUAUGGUGAUCUCAACCAUCUCGUAUCUCUCACAAUGUCUGGUGUGACAACUUGUCUCAGGUUCCCAGGUCAGUUGAACGCUGAUCUCAGAAAACUCGCCGUAAACAUGGUGCCGUUCCCACGUCUCCACUUCUUUAUGCCCGGAUUCGCUCCGCUUACCUCCAGAGGUAGCCAGCAAUACAGAGCCCUCUCGGUGCCCGAGCUCACCCAACAGAUGUUCGAUGCCAAGAACAUGAUGGCUGCCUGCGAUCCACGUCACGGACGCUACCUCACCGUUGCCGCCAUUUUCCGUGGUCGCAUGUCCAUGAAGGAGGUCGACGAGCAAAUGUUGAACAUCCAAAACAAGAACAGCUCGUACUUCGUUGAAUGGAUCCCGAACAACGUCAAGACCGCCGUGUGCGACAUACCACCACGUGGUCUGAAGAUGUCGGCAACUUUCAUUGGCAACAGUACCGCCAUCCAGGAAUUGUUCAAGCGCAUCUCAGAACAAUUCACUGCUAUGUUCAGAAGAAAAGCUUUCUUGCAUUGGUACACGGGUGAGGGUAUGGACGAGAUGGAAUUCACCGAGGCAGAGUCGAACAUGAACGAUCUGGUAUCAGAAUACCAACAGUACCAGGAAGCCACGGCUGACGAAGAUGCCGAAUUCGACGAGGAGAAUGAGCAGGAAGUUGACGAAAACUAAAUGAGCAGCACGCGUUGAGAUUCUCCUAAAGUUAAUAAAUAUACAAAACGUUUCAAGAGUUAAUUGUAAUUUAUACGUUUGCACUAAAGAUGUAAUAAAAAUAUUAAAUUAAAAUCAAUUUUUUUUCCUCUAUGUUUUUACUUACAUUUUUAGCGUAAUACAUGAAACAGAAGUCCACGAUUGUUCAUAUCCAUCGAAACGAAGCGAAAAUAAUUUCACUCGUAUAUUUUAUUUUCUUCAUAAUUAACUAGACUUUUGCGUUGUGUAAUAUCGGAAAUACAUCUUACAAGGAUUUUGUACGUUAUAACCGCAUAUUUGUAAUAAAUUUUUAAUUCGAGUUCA